CCCACCCAGCAGCUGCACAACCGACCCUCACAUCAACACCCACCAUCACACCGAUCACAUCACCAGCCAGGGAUGUCUUCUGGGCUUGUGUUUGAGGAGUUUUUGGCGCUGAGCACGGGGCGGCUGCUGCCGCGGCUGGCGUUUGGCACAGGGACGCAGUGGUUUCGCACAAAGGACGGGUCCAGCAGCCGCGAGUCUGCGCAGGUGAAGCUGAGCGGCGCGCUGCACGCGGCACUGGACGCGGGCUUCCGGCACAUUGACGAGGCAGAGAUGUACGGCACGGAGGAGUUAACGGGCGAGGCCUUGGAGGCGUGGAUGACCAAGCACCCGCACGUCAAGCGCGAAGACCUGUUCAUUACCUCCAAGAUCUGGCGCGGCCUGCCCAACGUGCGCAAGACGGUUGAAACGACGCUGCGCAACCUGCGCACCCCGUACGUGGACCUGUACCUGGUGCAUGCGCCCUUCAUCAAGCAGAACGACAUCGACGCCGACCUGCGCACGGCAUGGAAGGAGCUGGAGGCGCUCAAGGAGGAGGGCCUGAUCAAGGACAUUGGCGUGAGCAACUUCCACGUGGUGCACCUCAAGGAGCUGCUCUCCUUCUGCAAGCACGCGCCCGUCGUGAACCAGAUUGAGUGCCACCCACACCUGCUGCAGCCAGACUUGAUGGCCUUUUGCCAGGAGCAGAACAUUGUGGUGUCCUCGUACGCGCCCCUGGCCUCCUUUGGGCAGAGGCACGAGCCCACGCUGGCGCUUGUGCAGGAGAUUGCGGCCAAGCACAACCUCACGCCCGGGCAGGUACUGUUGCAGUGGAACCUGGCGCAGGGCACGGCCGUCAUCACCACGUCGUCCAAGCUGGACCACAUCAAGGAGAGCGCGGGCGUCCUGAGCGGCGCCACCAUCACGCAGGAGGAUGUGGACGCCAUCACCAAGACGGCGGGCGAGCACAGGCACCGCAUCUUCUGGCAAGAGUCAUUCGCAGCCCUCAACCUCUGAGGUGUGAGGAGAGAGAGGCAGGACAGGGGGGGGGGGGUCAAUGUGACGUGUUUCCUGCAUGGUACUGCCGACCC